AUGAUCCCUGAUCGCAUAAACAAUCAAGAUUGGGAGUCAAGUUAUGAAAUAAUCAAGGAUGGAAAAAUUUUCAUUUCUAAAAGAAAACAUUCAUCUCUUAUUCUACAUCACAGAAUUCACAGUAGUGAGAAAACUGACCAACAUAAAGAGUUUGAGGCCUUUAGUCAUCUUCCAGAUCUUAGAGUACAUCAGAGAAUUCCUACUGGUGAGAAACCCUGUGAAUGUGAAGAAUGUGGGAAAGCCUUUAGUCGUGCCUCAAACUUGGCUCAACAUGGAAGAGUUCAUACUGGUGAGAAAUCCUGUGUGUGUAAGGAAUGCAGAAAGGCCUAUGCUGGGAGACUUAGAACACAUCAGACAAUUCAUACUGGUGAGAAACGCUAUGAAUGUAAGGAAUUUGGGAAGGCCUUUAGCGUGUAUAGACUACUUACUUGACGUUACAGUAUUCAGACUGGUGAGAAACCCUUUGAAUGUAACAAAUGUGGGAAGGCCUUUAGGCUCAAUUCAACUAAAGUACAUCAGACUAUUCAUAGUGGUGAGAAGCCCAAUGAAGGUAAGGAAUGUGGGAAGGCCUUCCGUCAAAAAUCACAACUUUUAUGUCAUAACAGAAUUCAGAAUGGUGAGAAACCAUUCAAAUGUAAAGAAUGUGGGAAGGCCUUUAGAAGUAAUUAUGCAGUUAUUGUACAUCAGCAAAUUCAUACUGGUAUGAAUCCCUGUGAAUGCAGAGAGUCUGAGAAGGGUGUUUGUAGUAGCCAUCCAUGUACUACACAUUGCAGAUGUGAUCCUGUUGAGAAACCUUAUGAAUGUAAGGCAUGUGGGAAGGCCUUUAGUAUGUAUAGAUGACUUACUAGACACCACAGUAUUCAUAGCGGUAAGAAACCAUUUGAACGUAACAAAUGCAGGAAGUUCUUUAGGCUCAAUUCAACCCUUAAAGUAUAUCAGAGUAUUCAUACUGGUCAGAAACCCUAUGAAUGUAAGGAAUGUGGGAAAGUCUUCAGUCAAUCUGCACACCUUGUACAUUAUAACAAAAUUCAUACUGGUUAUAAACCUCGUGAAUGUAAAGAAUGUGGAACGGCCCUUCAUUGUGCUUCAUAUCUUGUUACACGUGAGAGAAUUCAUACUGAUGAAAAACCCUGUGUGUGUCAAGAGUGUGGCAAGGCUUUUAGUUAUAGGCAUAAAAGUACUGUACAUCAUAGAAUUCAUACUGGUGAGAAACGCUAUGAAUGUAAGGAAUGUGGGAAGGCCUUUAAUGUGUUUGGACAACUUACUCAGCAUCAGAGUAUUCAUAGUGGUGAGAAACCCUUUGAAUGUAACUAAUGCGGGAAGUGUUUUAGGCUCAUUUCAACCCUUAAAACACACCAGAGUGUUCAUACUGAUGAGAAACCCUACAAAUGUAAGGAAUGUGGAAAAUCUUUUCAUCAAACAUCAAGCCUUGUACUACAUGACAGAAUUCAUACUGGUAAAACGUCCUAUCAGUGUAAAGAAUGUGGAAAGGCUUUUAGUCAUGCCUUACAUCUUGUGAGUCAUGAGAGAAUUCAUACUGGUGAUAAACCUUAUGAAUGUAAAGAAUGUGGGAAGGCCUUUCGUUGUGCUUCAUAUCUUGUUAGACAUGAGAAAAUUCAUACUGGUGAGAAACCCUAUGUAUAUCACGAGUGUGGAAAAGUUUUUAAUAAUAGCCAUCAACUUACUGUACAUCAUAGACUUCAUACUGGUGAGAAACCCUUUGAAUGUAACAAAUGCAAGAGGUCCUUCAGGCUUAAUUCAGUCCUUCAAGUACAUGAGAGAAUUCAUACUGGAUAA